CCCGCACCUCUCUCGGACUUUUGACUAAGAAUCAAUCAUAAAUUGGUAUAGGUAGCAAGUUCAUCACGUUUUCACCAACAUUUAACUACAGCAGUCUCCGUUUGACGACCUCCGUGGCCAAAGAGUAACGUAUGUCCGUGGCUGAGUGGCUUGUACUCCGGGUUUCAUGGUGUCGCGGGCUCGAGAUGACUCGGGUUCAAAUCCCGGUGGGGGCAGAUGUUUGUGUGAUGAAUGCAAGCAUUUGUACUCCAGUCAUGGAUGUUUAAUAUGUAUUUCUAUAAAAAUAUAAUACAGCUUAAGAUGUGUUCAAUCCGUUACCCUAGUAUCCCAUAACACAAGCCUUAUGGUGCUUAUUUUGGGGCUAGGCUAAUUGGUAAAAUUUUACUGGAAAAAAUUUCAAGCAGACCAGGCAGCAGACACCAUAUUAAAGAGGGACGAGAUAUACCAUAUUCUAUGAAAUAAAUGUUUAAUAGAAACAAAAUAUUUUUUUGUUGCUACCUCUGUGGAGAGACUUCUCAAGAGGUGCCGGGUUCAGGACCGAUGGGGACAGUUGUUUGUGUGAUGAAUAUGAGCAUUUGUACUCCAGUAUGUUUAAUAUGUAUUUUUGUACAAAUAUACUAAAUUAUGUAUCCUUGCCCUAACAUCCCUCAAAACAAGUCUAUAGCUUACUUUGGGGCUAGGCUAAUUGGUGUGUGUUAGUGUAGUUGUGUAUUUAUUUUUUAAAUAUUCCUAGACAGAUUCUGAUGAAACAAAGACAUUGCAUUGGUGUGUCAGGAAUAAUUUAGUUUUUUUUUUGCAAUUGUAUCAAGAGUAGAGAGUUAGUUAAGUGCUUUCUUUAAAACACAAUUAGUUACAAAAACUAAGAUGGAAAACUGCCUCACACUAGAAAGUGAACUGUCAUUGAGAGUGACAUCAACAACACAAUCUAACACUGACAAAAUAACUUAGUUUUCGGCGGUAGCUACUAGCUAGUUUCAUUGAAUAGAUUAUAAAUGUAACUUUAAGUACAUUCUGUAAAUGAAGUUGGAAAAGAGUUGCGAAAGAUUCAUUUACUACUUAGAAAACACACACAGUUGAAUUUGGAAAAUUAUGUUAGAAGAAUCAGUAAUUUGGAUUUAAUUACAUUUAUACAUUGAGACCUUGAACUAUAUUCAUAGACUAUAUUAUAGAUGGCAAAACUACAGUACACAGUGCAAAUAAAGUGUAGUUAACAGGUUAUAAAGUUUACCCAAACCUUAAAGAUAAUACACUGCAAUGUAAUAAAUGCUACAUAAAUUUAAUAACAUGCUUAGUAUUUUAAAUUCCUUUUGUAACUGAGCCGAUAAUUUUUUGCUACGCUUUUCUGCUAUGAAUAUGUUCUAGAAGUUACCCAGCAAUAAUUGAAAAAUAACUAACCGUGCCUGUAUUGUGUGACACUUUAUUGAAGUGAAACACAUAAAAUCAUCACUAAUAUUCUAAACAAAAAGUUAAAUUAUCAGGAAUAAGGAAUAUGACAAAAAUCUAAAGCGGAUCAGUGGCCUCAAUAUCGUUCUUACCCGGACGAGCUUUCCUUUUAACUUCUUUGAUCCGCUUUUUAGCUUUAUGUGAUAUUUUAUAUUCGCUUAUCAUUUCUAUAAAUUAGUGUAUAAAUAAUUUCUGAAAAAGUGCAAAAUAGUUGCAAAAGCUCAAUUCGGUGAUUUUUUUUAUCUAAUACCAUAACCAAUGUAAAUGAUGAUAGUUUUGUAUUUGGUUGUCUAUGAUUUCGUAGUGUUGUGCACUGUGCUAGAUUAACUCAAUUAAACUCGAUUAUAACUUGCAUAAUUCAUGAAUCAUGACUGAAUUUAAUAUUAAUAAUAUUUGAAGACAGGUAAUCGUAAAAUUUGCGACGAAAAUCUCGUUAGAAUUAUAGUAUCUAUCUUACAAAUUCAGUUAUACGAUCAUUUUAUUUUUGUCAUUCCAUUUAGUAGCUUUUAUUUAGAAAUCAUGGCAACUCUAAACAUACAUUUUUAGACGCAGUGGUACAUACUGUUAAUUUUAGAAAAUUGGAUUUUCUGAAGUGUGUAACUAGCUCGGAAUAACUGUCAAUCUGGGUGUAGAAAUUUAUUUUGUAAUUUUCACCGGUUCUCUUUAGUAAUUUCCUAAUGUGUUAGACUUUUAUUGAAUAAACGUUGAUUGCGAAAUAAUGUUCUAUAGUGUAUGUGGUGCAUAAAUUAGUGCAAAAAUGGAUGACGGUAGCGUGAUGAUCCAGUCCGGAAUCAACAUCAACAUAAAAAGAACAGAUGGGCGGAUCCACACGGCGAUAGUGUCCGGCGUGAACCAUGAGACACGCUCCGUCACCGUGGAGUGGUACGAGCGCGGCGAGACCAAGGGCAAGGAGGUGGAGAUCGACGCCAUCUUGGCGCUCAACCCCGAGCUGGUGGGGCCGCGCCACCAUACGCCGCACCUGCAGCCGAUGCCCAAUAAACUGGCUAGAGACAUGACGCGACAAUCCAUCCCUGUGGCUACGAAAGCGCCAUCUCGCGUGACCCGCAACAACCAGAUGCGGGUGUCGAACGCGGGUGGUUACACGAACGGGCACGGCGGCGACACGACGGGGCGGCGCGGCGGCGCUGAGAAUGUGCCGCCGCCGCAGCCGCAGCCUCCGCCGCAGCCCCAACCUAACUCUAGGGUCACGCAGCAGUUCACCGGCGCGGCGGGCGGCGUGGUAGGUGGCACUACGGGCGGCGGUAGGGCGGCAGGUGUCUCCAGCACGGUGUCGGUGCCGCACGCGGUGGCGUCGGGCGCGGUGCGGCGCUCCAACGUGGUCAAGGAGGUGGAGCGCCUCAAGGAGAACCGCGAGAAGCGGCGCCAGCGCCAGGCCGAGCUCAAGGAGGAGAAGGAAGCACUAAUGAACAUGGACCCCGGCAACCCUAACUGGGAGUUCUUAGCCAUGAUUCGCGAGUACCAGAGCAGCAUCGAGUUCCGUCCCCUCACCGGCAACGAGCCCGUCGAGGACCACCAGAUCACCGUGUGCGUCAGGAAACGGCCGCUCAACAAGAAGGAACUUAACAAGAAGGAGGUGGACGUGAUCAGCGUGCCCACCAGGGACCAGAUGAUAGUGCACGAGCCCAAGAACAAGGUGGACCUCACCAAGUACCUGGAAAACCAGAAGUUCCGCUUCGACUACGCCUUCGACGACUCCUGCACCAACGAAGUGGUUUACAAAUACACGGCUAAACCCCUGGUGCAGACGAUAUUCGAAGGCGGUAUGGCGACGUGCUUCGCCUACGGACAGACCGGUUCCGGCAAGACGCAUACUAUGGGCGGAGACUUCCAGGGCAAGACGCAGGACUGCAAGAAGGGAAUCUACGCGAUGGCAGCGAGAGACGUAUUCACGUACCUCAAAUCACCGAAGUAUAAGCCGCUCAAUCUCAUCGUCUCCGCGUCCUUCUUCGAGAUCUACUCCGGCAAGGUGUUCGAUCUCCUGGCCGACAAGGCGAAGCUGCGAGUCCUAGAAGACGGCAAGCAGCAAGUCCAGAUCGUCGGCCUCACCGAGAAGGUGGUCGACAAUGUGGACGAAGUGCUGAAGCUCAUCCACCACGGCAACGCUGCCAGGACAUCGGGCCAGACGUCAGCGAACUCGAACUCGUCCCGAUCUCACGCCGUGUUCCAAAUCGUGGUCCGAUCGCCGGGCAUGCACCGCGUCCACGGGAAGUUCUCGCUCAUCGACCUGGCGGGCAACGAGCGCGGCGCCGACACCUCCUCGGCCAACAGGCAGACGCGCAUGGAAAGCGCCGAAAUCAACAAAUCCCUGCUGGCCCUCAAAGAGUGCAUCCGAGCUUUGGGCAUGAAGGGCAACAACCACCUGCCCUUCCGCGUGUCCAAACUGACCCAAGUACUGCGGGACUCCUUCAUCGGGGACAAGUCCCGCACCUGCAUGAUCGCCAUGAUAUCCCCGGCUAUGUCCUCGUGUGAGCACUCGCUCAACACGUUGCGAUAUGCUGACAGGGUGAAAGAGCUGGGUACUUCCGACACGCGGCGCGCGGAGUCCCCGCUGGCCGACGUGGACAUGGAGCCCGCGCACGACGACCUCGCGCAUCUACGGUCGCUCAACGAGGGCGACAUGUCAGCGGAAAUGUACACGUUCCACGAGGCGAUAGACGAGCUGCAGCGAGCCGAGGAAGAAGUGUUGGACAACCACAAGGCGAUAUCCGACUACCUGCACCACGCGCAUCAGAGGUGCCAUCAACUGCUGGCCCUCACCAGGGACGUGGACUACGACCAGGACGCGUACGCGACGCAAUGGGAGGAGUUAUUGAACGAGCAACUGGCAGUGUUGGCUCAGUCGCGCGACUUGGUCGCAGAGUUCCGCGCCAAGAUGCAACAGGAGGAGCACAUCUCUCGCCGCAUCCACCCGCCCCCGGCGCGGCACCACUAGCCAUGGAACUGUCGACCUUAUCGCCACCGCACAAGGCGUGCAAUCGUACCAACAAACUCGAACGUACUACUGAACGUUACAGCCGUGAGAAGCGUGUGCGCGUGCUAGUAAAAGUCGACGGUCCGCAAGUUAGAGGCGAGAAUCGCGUGCGCUAAAUCUCUACGGCUCCUAGAAUUCUGUGGAUCGAGCGCAUGCAAUUGUCGCCUUUAUGCGAAUUUAUUGUUAACGAAGUCUUGCGUGCACUCAUAAAGUUACGUCAAUUGAACGCUACGUGGACUAGCAUUAAAACUCUAUGCCCCGCCAUUGAUUUUUAUUGACAAACAAGUCAAAGGAUUUGAAUUUUUGUACAAAAGCAAUAAAGUACUUACCGAAACAGUUUUAUAGUAAUUUGAUGGGUAUUUCAAUUUCAUAUUUUGUUUUUAUUACAAACAAAUACGUUAGUAUUUUUCUUAUUUCGGAAAACAAACAGUGUUCCUACAUUUUUUUUAAAUAUAUUAUCCUUCGUCAAACGAUUAAAUGAUCUCAAACGUGCUACGCGCUAGGACGCUUGCGCACUCGCUUCGAAACGGUGGAUUGUACGUCGCAAACGCAGAUACAAUGAAAUCGUCAAAAUAAAUUGUGCUUUUUAUCUGUGCGAAGAUAACGACUGACUUUCAGUUCCGUAGCUGGCCUACCAACGAAUCAACGCUACUCUGUUUGCUUUUGAUUUCGGAGAGCGCAGAAUUUGUGACACAUUUCAUUGUAACGGUUUUAGUUUUUCCACUCUGAAGUUAGGUACAAAUAUGGUGGAACGCGUGCAGUGGAUUCGAUGAUAGACUGUUUAUUGUAGGGAGUGUUAAAGCACAAAGGGACGCGGAAAGCUACCGGGUGCUACAAGGAUUGAUAUGUGGCAUAGAUGUGCAUGCGCCGGUGCGGUAUUCUGUGCAGACGAUAAGUAUAUUCGCCCACUAACACGAGUGACCUUUAUUCAUCAAUGCAUUUAACUCAGCCAAUGGCCUAUUUCUCAAACUGUAGUUCAGAUUGGAAGUACAAAUUGGUAGUUCCGCUUCUUAUAUCCCAGUGAUGUAUGAUGCCGACACUUCGCUUGGCUAUUCGUAUUUGCUAUUUGUAUACUUGGCAACAGGCUGUGCUUGUGAUGCUUUAUAUGAAAUGAAAAGAACAGACUGAUCAGUGUUACCAACCCUUACUAAAAUUUUACCCUAAGUAUUUUUUAAAUUCCCCUAAAAUCCCCUAAAUAUAGAAAUUUAUAUGUACCUACUUAUCUUAUUACCUGAAUUCUUUCGUUGCUCAUAAAUUAAAACGUUAUAUAUUUAGUUACAGUAAAUUAUUUUAUUGAAUCAAUACAUUUUCUGAAUGGAAAAUCAAACGAAAAUGAGCUGACAGGCUGUUAAAUGUUAUUUAGCUGUUUUUUAACUUUAGUCCAUACAGCCUUAGGAAACAAUCUGCCACACAGUCAGUUCAGUCGUUUCAUAUCGUGGUGCGUUCCAUUCUACGCAAAAACUGAAAGAAAACACACGCUUUGUUUUUCGAUUUCAUUGCAAGUUUUGUUAAAAGCCCCUAAAAGAACCCCUAAAAAAUUCCAGCCCCUAAAAAAGUCCGAUUUAACCCUCCUAGCCCCUAAAUCUAGGGACACAACCCCUAAGUUGGGAACCGUGAGACUGAUGUCAAAUUUACGAAUAGCAAACACGAAUAUCGAAGUGAAGUGCUGGCGUGACGGUGUGAUGUUCAAACGACAGUUGCUAAUAACUCUUAAGACGUUGUGAACGGAAUUGUUUAACGGUUAUCUGCAAAUUCUCUCGCAUCGCAAAGCUUUCGGGCCAUUUUGAUAUUGACAAUUUGAUUGCCACUGUUGAAAUGUACAUACUUAAAAUAGAUGUUGUUGGUGAUUCAUUAAUUUUCUUUCAUUACUAACCUUAGUAGUGAUACAGCAUUGACAAUGCAAAAAAUAGUAAAUUAUAUCAUUAUGUUAAAUUGAGAAUAAGAUGGCGGUUUAGCCGUUUGACUGCUGUUUAAACACUUUAGUGUGCAUCUUCGGAAUAAUCACAAUGAAUUCGGAACAAGUAAUUUUUUUUGUAAAUACGAUUUUGAUCAACAAAUUUUAUACAAUAUUUAGCUCCAAUGUAAAUAACGUUUAUUGCACGUGUGUCAAUAUCAGAAUGGCGCGAGUGUUUUGGUGCGAGUCGAGUGUUAUUACAUAAGUGUUUGUUGUUAUUCAGUAACAUAUGUUUUGCCUUACCGACCGCUUGUUAUUUCUCGUUAUGUAAUGAUAUCACGGAACACGGAAAGGGGUUAGAAGGGCCUUGUGCUCGGGGCAGGCGCGCCACAGUUAUGUGUGAGCAAAUUCUCAUAACUUGACCAAAACUUGGCUCUGAUCGCGUCGUUGCUCUCAGGUGUGAGCUCUGAUUGGUUCGAUGGUUUGAUGUCGCGUCGUUUGAUUGGCUAUUAUUGUCUAUUAGGUGGAAUUGUAGUGGGGGCGAGCUGGCGACAUCGCUUCCUGAACAAACGGUCUAUGAUCACCCUUCUAACCUGUUUCUGUGUUCUGUGCUGCCGUCCUCAAGCUAAAUGACAAAACCAACUUGAGUUACGGCCAAAAAACGGCGCGUAUUGUUUAAAUUAUUGCUAUUUUGUAACUAUUCGUCGUCACAUGACGGAUUUUUAGACAAACUAUUAUAAAAUAUACGAAUACUUGUUAAAUACAGAUCGAUGGAGAAUUAAAAACUGUAUAAAAUGGAAUUUAAGUCUAAAAAAUCGACCACAUGUCGCUUAGCCGCACUUUAUUUGAGGACGACAGCAGUGUGGGUGAUAUAUGGAUGAUUUAAGAUCCUAUGUAAAAGGUGUUUUUUCUACGUAAUUUAGUGCUAUUGCAACCGCGUUUUCAGUAUACCUCUCGCUCUGGUGGUAGCAUCGUCCGAGCGAUAGAAAGAGAUAGAUUGAGAGAAAUGGAUGCGUAUUAAUAUGGUUAGUCAUUAGUGUGCUCAUAUCCUAAAAUGCGAGUUUUAUGUUCGUAGAAAAUACUCCUUAUUCAUAAUCUGUAUACACAUCUAUCUAUACAGGGUGUGACAAAAGUCCGAAAUAAAACUUUAGGGUUUGGUUGUGUUCCUUGUAUAGAAUUACCUACGAAAGUUUGACGCCUUUCAGACCACUUUUAUUUUCUAUUUAAAUUAAUAAAAUAAAAAUAUUGUUUUACACCUGCCUAUGACAACCCUAUAAAUGCGUACGAUUACUACUACCUAAACAGACUCCCCUCUCUCUCCCAGGCGCCCCUGCGCCCCGCUCAGAUACCUACAAAUUUUUAUUUCGGAAUACAUACCUACAAAUUUGAUUUCGGAAUUCUGUAACACCCUGUAUAUUUAUAUAUACAACGACAACAUUUGGUACUUAUUUCUGUGUGUUUAAGAAAAGCUUUGGACGCAUACACCGUCCACAUGUGUUUGUAAUGUAGGUACAAGUAAUGUUGUUGUUGAUUUGUUUGAAAAAAAUAUGAAAAACGAAAAUAAUGUUACCGCCACGCGAAAAGUGACUUAAUCUUCGGGGCAAUAAGAAUUGAGAUUAUUUGAACAGCGUUGCGAUUAGAGAUUUUCGACUCGCACAAAGAAAUAUGUGAUUGUAUUGUUUGCAAGCUAUUUGAGAUUUCGCCUCAAUGCAUCGUCCCGUCAAGUGCUGUGGCCAUAUAUUUAAGUAGAGGUACCAGGCGUAUGGUGAUUGGCGUAUACGAAGAGUUGGAAUUUGUCGUGGACACACUUGUAUUAUAUUGCUUUAUGUUUAGCCUCUAACAUCCAUAUUAAUGUAACGUAACAAAUAAUAAAUAACGCUUGGGCUUCGAUGGUCUGUUGCUCUCAACUUUGUGUUUUGAUUGUACCCUGCUUAAUAAGAUCGAUACAAGCUCUAAGGCAUGGUCUCUACAUAUAAAGACUAAAGGUGCGGUAAUACUAUGACGCGGCGAUUGUCGGUCCGUCUGUCCUUACGGGCCGCGCAGACGGGCGUCCGACUGCAUAUACUUUGUUAGAAUAAUAUACAAAGAUGACUGACACGAGCCGGUGAGAUAAAUUUCUAUACACAGAUUUUUCUCUUACCAUUAUUUGUAUUGUAAUUAUAAUUUAUUCUACUGUUAUAACAUUUAUUAUUAAUGAUAAUAAUUAAAAAUUCAUCUCAUUAAAAAAGCGUAAAACGUGCAACGUGUUUGUUUAAUUUUAAUAAAAAUAGUAAACUAUUUGCGAAAGACUCUUGUAACUGUAAGUUUCUUUUUCAAGUCAAAAAAGUACAUUUGUUUUAUAUUUCUUCAUUUUUUUUUUAAUUUUGUAAUGCGACUUAUUUAUUAUGUUGUGAUAUAUCAUCAUCACCAUUAUUAUAAUUUGUGAGUUUUGUGAGACUCGUUCAUACCGCGUUUUCAUUUGGAGUUCAUUAAAAGUGUUAAAUUUGAUUAAUGCAGAAUGUGAUCGUACAGUACCCGUUUAGUAAUUUCAUUUUUGCGACUGUAGGACUCUUAUGAUGUCACAUAGAUGGCUAAUGAUUGUGCUCGUCUGGUGCUAGACAGAUUAAUGGUAUUUCACUGCAAACACUUGUCUCUUUUGCUGCUGUCUACACUCUAAAUAGAGAAUAAGAAACUAUUUCAAAUAAUAAUUAUUUUUCGUGUCAACCUCAAAGAGCAGUCGCUUACGCGAUUUCCCCAGCUUAAUCUUCAAAUAUUGUAAAUCGCUUUUCGACAACAAGCCGAUACUUCUCCUCAACCUGUAUGAUAUAUGUAGUUUACAAACGAUAACGAGGUUGUUAGAUAGUGCUUAAUAAUAAAUGAUUAUAAAAAUACGUCAAUCGGUACUCUGUAUCAGAGUCGCCGCUUCGCCCACGUUUGAUUGUACUGAACGAAAUCUCUCUUACUAUAUAUAUUUUUUUAAAGUAAUUGUAUUAUUAACGACGAGAUUGUAACUCUUUAUUUGCCUUGAAAUGAAUUAGUUAUGUAUAGAGGUGUCGUCAAAUGGACAAGUGUCGCGCGGGGCGGGGCGAGCCUGCCCCAGUUGUCUAGUUGAAAUGCUUUAUUAUAAUAAACAUAUUUUAACAUCGCACAUUAUAAUAAAUUAAUCGAAAUUUGAGCGUUUGUUUUUAUUUCGACGUCCUCACGGUAAAUUCAUAUUGAGCGCACUUUUCAGGAAAGC